ACGUUUUUAUCGCUUUUUAUAAUUAUUUUAAUUAAAUAUUAAUUAAUAAUUAAAUUAUUUAUUUAACUGAAAAGAAAACCACUAUUUUUUGUAUUGAAAUUAACUAUUGAUUGAAAGCAUUAAUAAAUCACUUUCUUUAAGACAAAGCAUUGGAUUAAUUGAAUUGAUUUGUUAUUUGCUUUGAGACACGGAUUGCAAAACCAAUGUUUGCCAACACAACCCAUUCUUCGGGUAAAUACGGAUCAAAUGUUGGCCACAAUUACAGUCCCAAUGCAUACCCACAGCCGCCGCCUUCGACUGCGAGCGCCGCCGCAAACAUUCCUCCGCAGUCUUCGGGACGUAAUUCUGAACACAAUUCGCCCACAAAUAAGCAGCAGAAGAGCGGCGCCCAAGAAGUGAUCGCUAAGCCAAUGGCGGCCAAUAAUAGCGCCGCUAAUAGCGGUACUCCGACGGCGAAGAAUGUGUCCGAACGGGUGGUGAAGGCGAACCUCAAGAUCAGUGACAAUCCGUACGACAUCGAGGCCUGGAAUGUGCUCAUCAAAGACGCACAGAACAAACGGAUCGACGAUUCGCGCGACUUCUUCGAGAGACUGGUCUCUCAGUUCCCAAACUCCGGCAGAUUCUGGAAGUUAUACAUUGAGACUGAGGUUGUAAUCAAUCAAAUAUUCCCUUCAAAUACUCUCUCGUUAUAUAUGAUUCGCGCGACUUCUUCGAGAGACUGGUCUCUCAGUUCCCAAACUCCGGCAGAUUCUGGAAGUUAUACAUUGAGACUGAGGUUGUAA